GAGGGGUUGGGCGGGUUGGACAGGCAGGCAGGCAGGCAGGCAGGCGCGGCGCGAACAGCUAAGGGCGGCCGGAGCAGAAGGACCCCUGUGAGGCCGGCGGGCGGUGUGGGGCGCUCGGCGCGGCGCUCGGGGUCCCGCCUCAGCCUCAGGCUGCCACGGGGCGGGGUUGUCCCCUCAGGCCCGGCUGCUCGCAGCGGGUCUCACCGGCGGAUCGGCGGCGGCCGGGCUGAGGAUGUCUGGAGGCUCCUCGGGAAAGCAGGCGGCGCCGGCGGAGCAGGUGACAGAUUGGUUGGCAUAUUCGUUUGAUGACUUCUUAGGAAACACAAGUAUUUCCCCCAGUACCAUUCCUGUGAAGCCACUUGAAGGCAACUCUGGUAGAAACCAGCAGCAGCAGCAGAAAGACGUGUCUUCUGUGACAGAAAGCAGAAGAAGCAAAGUUCUUCCCAGAAAAAGAGCAAAGUUGUCUUCAGUAGAUCUACCUCGUAACAAGUCCAGACAAAACUGGAGCCAAUCUGAAGAUGAACCAUGGGUAGAUAAAUACAAACCUGAAACUCAGAAUGACCUUGCUGUACAAAAGAAGAAGAUUGAAGAAGUUGAAUCCUGGUUAAAAAUGCACAUAUUACAGAGGCAGCCAAAGCAGCGUGGCUCUGUUUUACUGCUGACUGGUCCUCCUGGUUGUGGAAAGACUGCAACUAUACAAAUAUUAGCAAAAGAUCUUGGUGUUCAGGUGCAAGAAUGGAUCAAUCCAAUAUCUUUAGACUUUACAAAAGAAGACUUAAGAAAUAUGUUUGGCCAUGACUCAAAUUUUCAUACGUUUCCGAGUCAGGCCCAAGCAGCUGUCUUUCAAGAUUUUCUAUUAAGAGCAAAUAAGUAUAACAAACUUCAGAUGCUUGGGGAGUCCUCAGAAAAUGAUAAAAAGCUUAUUCUUAUUGAAGACCUACCUAACCAAUUCUAUCGAGAGCCUAGCAGCCUACAUGAAAUUCUCAGGAGAUUUGUUCGUAUGAGUAGAUGUCCCCUUAUAUUUAUUAUAUCAGAUAACUUCAGUGGAGACAGCAAGCAGAGGUUACUAUUCCCAGUGGACAUUCUAGAGGAGUUGUGUAUAUCCACUAUUAGUUUCAAGCCUGUUGCGCCAACAAAUAUGAUGAAAGUUCUUAAUCGAAUUGCUGCAACAGAAGCUAGUUUGAACAGAGAGAAGAGUUUUGCUCUUGACAGAACUUCUCUGGAGUUGCUUUGCAGAGGUUGUUCAGGUGAUAUAAGAAGUGCAAUAAAUAGUCUUCAGUUUUCUUCUAUGAAAGAUUACUCACUGGAGAAAGAGUUUUGGUCAAAGAAGAAAAGGAGCUCCACAGUAAAAUGUGAAGCAGCAGCAGCAGCAGCAGCAGUAGUAGGAAAGAAAAGUAAAGGUGAUACUUCAGAAGACCAGGAGAUACAAGCUAUUGGUGGCAAAGAUGCUUCCAUUUUUCUUUUCCAUGCUCUAGGGAAAAUAAUUUACUGCAAAAGAGAACCAGUGUCAGAAUCAGAAUUUCCUCAGCUUCCUGCUCACUUAUCAGAAUACCGUCGGGACACCUUGCUUAUUCAGCCUGAGGAUAUUGUGGAAAAAUCACAUAUGUCAGGAAGCAUGUUUAAUUUAUACCUUCACCAGAACUAUGUAGACUUUUUUUCUGAUAUAGAUGAUGUAGUGAGAGCCAGUGAAUACUUGAGCACCGCUGAUGUCCUUUGUAGUAACUGGAGUACACAGCUCGUGAUGGAAAAAUACAGUGCAUCUGUGGCCACCCGAGGGGUUAUACAUUCAAAUAUGUCCAGAGCCUUUGCCCAUCACCAAGGAGGGAUGGGGUUCCGGCCUCUACAUAAACCCCAGUGGUUCUUUAUCAAUAAAAAGUAUCAAGAAAAUUGCCUUGCUGCAAAAUCUCUCUUUUCAAGCUUCUGUUUACCACCUGAGUGUCUUCAGACUGAGCUAUUGCCUUAUCUUGCUAUGUUAGCAAAUCCAAUGAGAAAUCAAGGUUAAAGCUUGAAACACUUACUGAUAAAGAUCCUGGGAUACCAGACUUACUUGUUAGCUCCGAGGGGGACGGUGCUGGUGCUCAUGCUGUGGAGGCGGCUGCAGAGGCGGAGAAAACCAGGAUGGAUGAGAAUGAAUCGGGUGGAUUCCCUCUCUCUUCUAGCCAGUGCAGUGGAAGUGAACUACCUUGCAGUCAGCCCCAGCCUGUUGCAGCUCAAGCAGUCAUGGAGGAAGACGAAUUGCAAAUAGAGGAAUAUGAUAGUGACUGAGUACAACACCAUAUUGACCACUGACUUCCUUGAACGAAUUCGUAUGCUGGAGAGGCUUUUGCUAAAGAGAGUAUGGUCUGCACAGUACUCCUUUAGGUACUUAGACUUGGCCUCCCAGUCCACCUAAACAUGCUGUGUCGGCAUUGAGGCAGCUCUCUUCAGCGUCCUCUUAACCUUGCAGUAUCAGUCCUGAGCUGAAUACUAAAUUACAGGCUAUUCAUUGCCUCUACUGAGCCACGAAAUAACCUGUACUGAAAGAGAGAAUAGUGAGUGAUGACUGAAAUUAGUUUGAGACUGUAGGUAAGCAGUGUCACACUUCAGUUAUUUUUUUUUUACAUGUUUUAAUUUGCUUUGCAAGUGUACAGUGUGUUUCCUGAGUACGCAUUUGAAAAUUUGUCAGCAUUUGAAGGCCUUAUUAAAAUUCAUGCCUUUAAAAAAAGACAAAAUAAAAAUUGCUGUUUGGGAGUUCGGCCCUUCGGAAAAAGAGACUGAAGUGUACAUGUAAAAAGUUUGAUAUCCCAUAUUGGUGAUGUAAAUAAAAUUCCUACUGUAUUGAUACUGUCUUGUACUCUGCCACAGAUUUUUGUGUGUUUAUAAAUUGAAUGUAUGUAGUACAAAAGAUUAUUCUGGAUUCUUUUUUGAAAGACACUUUCAUAACUUAUGGAGGGGAAAAUAUAACAGUCAAGCAUAAAUCCUUAUUGUCCUUUGUAUUCUGUUGGAAGUUAAUGGUGCAGUGUGCAGUUUUUAUCAUGAAAUUGCCAUUGUGCCAGGGGAAAGAAUAACCCUGUUGUGAUAGGCUGUUCAAUACGUCAGCAUUUCUCUGUAACUGGGAUUGCUCAGUUCAAAUCAAUCUUAUAUGUUGCGGUGGUUAAUGAUACCACAGGAGUAAGAAAAAUAAUCAAAGUGACCAUCUUUGAAUGUGUGAUGUAGAUUUGGGUUUCUGUAUUGCUUACAUCCAAAGUUGAGUAAAAAAGAGUAUGUAUUUACCACCA